UGGUAAACAGAGCUGUCAAACAACACAGACGCCAUUUCGACAACAGCCUUAAAAUGGCAGUAAAAUGCAGAGCUUGCGCCGCCGCCGCCUGAAGACGCGCGAAAUCACGGCGGUGUAACGGAGAGCGGCGGGCGGCGGGAGGAUGGACAUCAGCGCGGCGGUGUUUAACGCCGCGAGAGACGGAAAGCUGAAGCUGAUGCAGAAACUGCUGAUCAACAAGAGCCCGGAGGAGCGCGCGGCGCUGGCCGAGGAGCGCACCGAGGGAGGGACACCGCUGCUGAUCGCCGCGCGCUACGGGCACCUGCCGGUGGUGCACUUCCUGCUGGAGCGCUGCGGGGCCAACGUGGAGCUCGGCGGAUCCGUCAACUUCGACGGGGAGACGAUCGAGGGCGCGCCGCCGCUGUGGGCCGCUUCCGCCGCCGGGCACCUCCCGGUGGUCAAGGCUCUGCUGGAGCACGGGGCGUCCGUCAACAACACCACCCUCACCAACUCCACCCCGCUGCGCGCCGCCUGCUUCGACGGGCACCUGGAAAUCGUGCGCUACCUGGUGGAGCACCAGGCAGACCUGGAGGUGGCAAACCGGCACGGGCACACCUGCCUGAUGAUCUCCUGCUAUAAAGGUCACCGCGAGAUCGCACAGUUCCUGCUGGAGAAGGGAGCCGACGUCAAUCGCAAGAGCGUGAAGGGGAACACAGCGCUGCACGACUGUGCGGAGUCCGGCAGCCUGGAGAUCAUGAAGAUGCUGCUGAAGUGCGACGCGCGUAUGGAGCGGGACGGCUACGGCAUGACCCCACUGCUGGCCGCCAGCGUCACCGGACACACCAACAUCGUGGAGUUCCUGGUGCACCAGCCACGCGCCAGCCGUGAGCAGCGUAUCCACGCCCUGGAGCUCCUCGGUGCCACCUUCGUGGACAAAAAGCGGGACCUGCUAGGCGCUAUGCGUUACUGGCGGCGGGCGAUGGAGCUGCGGCUGGCAGGGGGGCAGGCGGGUGCACUGGAGAAACCGCCCGCAGGCCCGCCGGUGCCAGCCUACGACUGCAGCCGCGAGGUGUCAACAGAGGAGGAGCUGGAGGCGCUGAUCACUGACCCUGACGACAUGCGCAUGCAGGCGCUGCUGGUGCGAGAGCGCAUCCUCGGCCCCGCCCACCCCGACACCUCCUACUACAUCCGCUACCGCGGCGCCGUCUACGCCGACUCUGGGAACUUCGAGCGCUGCAUCCGGCUGUGGAAGUACGCGCUGGACAUGCAGCAGAGCAACCUGGAGCCGCUGAGCCCCAUGACCGCCAGCAGCUUCCUGUCCUUCGCAGAGCUCUUCUCCUUCGUACUGCAGGACCGCGCUAAAGGCACGUUAGCAGCGCGCGUCUCCUUCCAGGACCUGAUGGGGGUGCUGAGCAAGAGCGUGCGGGAGGUGGAGCGGGCAGUGGCGCAGCGGGAGCGGCCCCCGGAGCCGCCGCAGUUCUCCAAGGCGUUGUCCAUCAUCCUGCACCUGCUGUUCCUGCUGCAGAAGCUGCGCUGCGGCCCGGAGCAGGAGCAUCUGAAGCGCCAGACCGUCUACCGGCUGCUGAAGCUGAACCCGAGGGCACGGGGCGGGCACACGCCGCUACACAUGGCCGUGGACCGCGACACCACAUCAGUGGGCCGCUACCCUGUGGGCCGCUUCCCGUCGCUGGCCGUGGCGAGUCUGCUGCUGGAGUGCGGCGCUGAUGUGGACUCUCGUGACUACGACAACAACAACACACCGCUGCACGUAGCGGCCGCUAACGGCUGCCCGGACAUCAUGGCGGCGCUGAUCCAGGCCGGCGCACACUUCGACGCCACCAAUGCGGCGCAGCAGACGGCCUACCAGCUGCUGGAGGCGCAGAGCAGCGGCAGACACGCGCUACACCCGCUCAACCACACCACGCUACAGUGCCUAGCGGCCCGCGCCGUCACCGCGCACAGACUGCCCUAUAAAGGGCUGAUCUCAGAACAGAUGGAGGCCUUCAUUGAGCUACACUGACCACACACACACUGACAACACACACUUAUACACUAACACACACACACACACACACACACACAUCAGGGCUUCAGUGUGAGCUGCUGUUUUCUCUCAGACUGUGUGUGUUUGAUCAUCAGACGCUGCUUUACUGCGAUCGCUUCCUCUUCAUUUCCUGUUUCCUCUUUAUUAUUUCCUGUUUCCUCCUCCUGCAGGACUCUGGGUGCCAAACGCAGCCGUACGCUCCUCUGUUUAGCCGAAUGUGUGUGUGUUCCUCUGUUUUUAGCUGGAUGUGUGUGUGUGUGUGUGUGUGUGUGUGUGUGUGUGUGUGUGUGUGUGGCUGCAGCUCCGGGGUUUGACUGUAAUAUAAUGAGCUCCUGCACUCCCCCCGGGCGGGUCAGCUGCUGGGCUGUUGGGCUGUCCGCCGUCCCCCUGAUUAAUCUAUGCAGUGUAAUAUGGAGGUGCAGAUCUGGCAACCCUGCUGCUCUACUGUGCUCUGCUGCGGCUGGGUUGUGUGAGAUGCAGCGCGGUCGUCUUCUGAUUGCCUUUCAGUUUAUUUCUCCUGUGUCUGAGUUGGGUUAUUUCUCCAGCUGGGUUAUUUCUCUGUAAACGCAGCAGACGAAGCACUUUGAACAUGUUUAACACUUGGUUUAACCCAGAAACUACAGAGGGGUUGGGUAAUUUAAGAUUGUUUACUACAGUACAGAAACCUGUGUGGAGAUGCUGAAUAAAGCUCACGUGUCCCACC